GACCCCUCAGGAGCCCAGCGGAGCCCGAGGAUGUCAACGGAGACGGAGCUACAGCCAGCGGUCAGGCCGGGCAGCGUCAGACGGGACUCCAAGAGGAAAGGGCAGGAUCGCAGCGAGGCGACUCUCAACAGGCGUUUUAGGGGCGAUGGCGUCCGCUACAAAGCCAAGCUCAUCGGCCUGGACGAGGUCACCGCCGCCCGGGGAGACCGACUCUGCCAGGACUCCAUGAUGAAGCUCAAGGGCAUCGCUGCAGCAUCGCGGUCCAAAGGAGAUCACAAGCAGAAGGUGUUUCUGACCGUUUCCUUUGGAGGCAUCAAGAUCUUUGAUGAGAAGUCAGGGGUCCUCCAACACCACCAUGCGGUCCACGAGAUCUCCUACAUCGCCAAGGACAUCACGGACCACCGCGCCUUUGGCUACGUCUGCGGGAAGGAAGGGAACCACCGCUUCGUGGCCAUCAAGACCGCCCAGUCGGCGGAGCCCGUGAUCCUGGACCUGCGGGACUUGUUCCAGCUCAUCUACGAGAUAAAGCAGAGGGAGGAGAUGGAGAAGAAGGCCCAGAAGGACAAGCAGUGUGAGCAGGCGGUCUACCAGACGAUACUGGAGGAGGACCUGGAGGACCCGGUCUACCAGUACAUUGUGUUUGAGGCGGGACACGAGCCCAUCCGCGACCAAUCAGAAGAGAGCAUUUAUCAGGUUCCCACCAGUCAGCAGAAGGAAGGGGUCUAUGACGUCCCAAAGCGACACCCACAGCAGCAGCCGGAGGUGGCAGACCUGAUAGACUUAGACCUGGACCUGGUGACUCAGAAUAUCAACCAAUUAGAGAUCUUUGGAGACAUGUCCACGCCCCCUGACAUCACCUCCCCAUCGACCCCCGCCUCUCCAGCCAACAUCCUGGACCCCUCGCUGGGCCUGCAGCCGCCCACGGAGCUGUUUGCUUCCUUCAGUCCUGCGUCGGUGCCCACAGGUUACGUGACGAUGGGCGCCGUCCCCCCCGGCCACUGGUCCCAGCAGGCGUUCGCCGCCCAGGCCUUCGGGGUCCAGUCUCCUCUCGGCCCGGUGCUGCCGGGCGGCCAGCCGCUCAUCUGGGGCCAGGCCAACAUCUUCCCCGCCACGCAGCAGCAGUGGGCGGCCAUGGCGGCCGGAGCCUUCCCCCCCGCGGCCUACCUCCCCGCCCAACCCGUGGGCGCCAUGUUCCAGACGCUCGCCUCCGUCACGACGGUGACGCCGGCCGGCGACGGGCACCACCCGUGCGCUGGAGCCGGCGCCUCGGCCCCCUCCCCGUCGGCGUCGUCGAGUCCGCAGCACGGGGAGCGGGCGAGGAAGAUGGGCAAGGAGAUGUUCAAGGAUUUCCAGCUGGCGAAGCCUCCCGCCAUGCCGGCCAAGAAGGGCGAGCAGCCGGGCCUCUCGGGGACCUCCGAGGCGUUCACGUCCUACUUCAGCCGCGUGGGCACGGCCCAGGACACGGACGACGGCGACGACUUCGACAUCUCUCAGAUGAACCUGACGCCGGUCACGUCCACGACGCCGUCCACCAACUCACCUCCCACCCCGGCUCCCAGGCAGAGCUCCCCCUCCAAGUCCUCGGCCUCCCACGUCAGCGACCCCCCCACCGACGCCACAGACCCGCCCACAGACGACUCGUUCGGGGAGGCAGAGGGCAGCCCGAGUCGCAGCGGAGAGGAAGACGCUAAGGGGGCGGACCCCCUCUACGCCCAGAUCAACAAGGGGAAGAAAUAGAGAGACGCACAGGAAGACCAGCACCGAGAGACCGGGAGGAGAACCCCUCACCUGUGUGUGU